AUGGUUGGGCAGGUUGGGAUUGGGCCUGGAGACAUUGCGUCCCAGGGCUUCGGAAGCCCUGUGGACAUUUCUAACCUUGUCAUAGUCGCUUGCGGCACAAGGCUCUGGUUGGGUGGUAGGGACGGGCCUGGGUCAUCGGACUUUGUUGGCUCCUUCGUCUGUGUGAACGAAGUAAGCUCUUCCUUUCUGCUCACUAGCUCACAUGACUAA